AUGACACCACUCAACCGCCGACCAAUGCAGCACAUCGACCGUCGCGAACUCUACACCAGCCUAGAAGCGCGAAUUCAAUACUUGCACUCAUUCCUCGACUUCAGCUCCCGCGACAUCGAAGCUCUCACAACAGGCGCCAAAUACAUCAAAGCGCUAAUCCCCGCCGUCGUCAACAUCGUCUAUAAGAAGUUGCUCCAAUACGACAUCACAGCCCGCGCCUUCGAAACACGAUCAACAUCCUACGAAGGCCCCGUAGACCCCAACCUAAGCGAAAACUCACCCCAAAUCUUAUACCGUAAGAUGUUCCUGCGGGGCUACCUCACAAAGUUAUGUAGCGACCCAUCCAAAAUGGAGUUUUGGGAGUAUUUGGAUAAAGUCGGUAUGAUGCACGUUGGACAAGGGAGGGCGCAUCCACUGCAUGUCGAAUACGUGCAUAUUGGUGUUACGCUCUCGUUUGUCCAGGAUAUCAUUACUGAGGCAGUGCUUUCACAUCCUAGACUCAAGAUGGAUAAGAAGAUUGCGUUAGUCAAGGCGCUGUCCAAGGUCAUCUGGAUACAAAACGACCUCUUUGCUAAAUGGUAUGUUCGUGAUGGCGACGAGUUUGCAGAAGGGCGAUUAGUGCCGGAAGUCGAGCCUGAAGGCUUCCUACAUGGCAAGCGUGUUUUGCACGAUGGCAGUGAGAGUGAAAGUGAGAUUGAAGAUGCGGCGUUGGCGGCGGGUACAUGUCCAUUCAAGAAUUUGGCAAUGGCGCCGGGUAGAAAUGGCGAGGUAGCGCUGAGGAGUGCGAUCAAGAGGAUGAGUCGUGGGGAAGUGGUCAGCGAUGGCGAUGUGGUGGGCGCCGCAGAUGCGCCGGCGUCGACAUCAUCGAGUGUGGGUGUUUUCGCUCACACUGCGAUUCCAGGGACCGUGGGCAGCAGUGCGUGA